UGGUUAAUUUUGUGUAGUUUUUUAGAUACUAUUAUAAUAAAUUAAUAUUUUUACAUAUUAUCCGGGAGCUUGUCUGGAACUAGAAGACCCGUAUUGUCUAACUCCACGUUCAACAUGGCGCCUCACGGGAACAACGUCUUGUAACGUCGCAACGUGCCUUCGAGUCAGGAAGAAACCGUACUCCCAUUACCAAACUCUUACCGUCCGACCUCUCGAGACGCCGAGAAAAUGUCAGCGCGGACGUGGCGGAACGAUUCGAUUCUCUCACACCUCGACGCCUCUUCGAGCGACCACAUGGCCACAACGACAAACCUACGCGGCGAGACAAUGCGUGGAAACGCGACGCGCAACGUGAUAGGCGAUGCCGUCGCUCGUGAGUCGCUCACGCCGGAAGAAGUUGUAGAGAACAUGACGGAAGAACAAGUUAGGGAGCUCGCCGAGGCUUUGCAGGGCGAGCUGGGCGCAAAGGCGGUUGUUUCUCAGGGGGGUGCCUUUGUGUCUGGUCAUAUGGUGAAGGAGGAAGGAGGAGAUGAAAUCGAGGGAUUGAGUUUGAGUGACCAGGAUGGGCAGAGGUGGAUUAAGGAGGUUCUUGGCGCCGGGGAGACGUUGCUAGUGGCACCUGGUGAGGAGGACGGACAGACUGAGUUGUUUGUUCGACCGGAAGAUAAAUACAGAGUGAAUGAGUUGAAGUUGAAGAUGCAGCGUGGAGAGCAUCCCGAAUUUAUAUCAACGACGGCUGAUAAGAAGCUGCUCUCACUCGAACACGAUUACUGUUUGAAGGGCAAGACGGAGCAGAGCGAGAUGAAAGUCACUGAAGUGAGGAGGGUUUUGAGGAGCUCAACGAGGCCGAGUCAGUUGACACAUGCGUUUGGGGAGACGAUCGACAUGCUGAGUUUUGGAGCAGAAGACGAAGACGUUGAUGUUGAGACGGAUAUCCCGGAUGAUCAAAUUAAGGAAAUCUCGACUGUCGAAUUUGAUUUGCUAACAAAGAGAGCGAAAGCGAAGGAAGAGGCCGAUGAGUUAGAGAAACGACAAAGUGUGAGAAUUGCUAGAAAACGGCAGCAGAACUUGCCAGAUCUGGACAGCAACGAUGAUGAGGAGACUGAGGAGGAAGAAGUAGAUGAACAGGAUGACAGUGAUGAUGAGGAAGAGGAGGAUGACGAUGAAGAUGAUGAUCCUCAUAGACUGUACUGUGUCUGCAAGGAAAGACACGAUGACAGAUUUAUGAUAUGUUGUGAUCGAUGCAACGAUUGGUUCCACGGUGACUGUGUAGGCAUUACAGUGGAAGCAGGAAUGGAAAUGGACGCAAACGAAGAAGACUACAUUUGUCCCGUCUGUUCAGGACAAGACAUUAACGCAUUUUUGAAGUCCAAAUCAAAGUCAGAUCCAUCACUCGAUAAGAGGCGAGAAUCGAAGGCAUCCGAAAAGGUUUCACCUAAAACGAAGACAUUGAGGCAACGUGAUGAUGCCGUACAAGAUACCGUGCAAUUAGAAAUGAGCAACGAACGAGCCCUGAAGAGAUCACGAUUGAGACAAGAUGAGGGGAAGAUUACGUUGGCAAGUUACAAUGAAGAUCACGAUUGGGUGCCCGAUGAGGGAGAUGGAAUAGUGGAGAAGGUGGAAGGGAGUAGCAGCAGUAGGGAGAGGAAAGAGUCGUUCAGUCAAGCUGCUAAGAGAAUCGUGCUGAAAGGAGAGCAAUGUGCUGCUUCUGGUUGUAAGAAGCACGUGUUGCCGGGCACCGCCUAUUGUGGUGAGGAGUGUGUUGCAAGGUAUGCUGAGGAGGCCUUGAGGGAUUUGGAUCGUAUUACUGAAGAGGAAUCGCAUUCCAAGAAAACCUCCACCUUCCUCCAACCAACCGGCACAAACGAGCUCCCAGCAUCAGCCAGCAGCACUCGAACAGACUCUCGCUCAGCUGCCGGUCGCAUACCCGUCGUCGACCGCAGCACGGGCCGCAUAGUGGCGGGCGUGGCCGCCCCGAGACGCGAGAAGUUAGCCAUCUGGCUCGUCGACCAUCCAACCUACGAAGUGUUGAUGAAACCAUUGCCGACAGCGAAAGGCGUCUAUAGCGCGUUACCCUCUGGCUCGCCGGUCAAGAAAGAAGCGCCAAAGGAGGAGACGCAGUCGCGUGCAGCAGCAGCCGAGAAUCGGGCGGGGAGCGGCUCGAAUGAAGGAGAGAAGGAAAGGAAAAGCGCGACCGACAAGGAACGCAAAACGAGUUCGAGCAACAAGAAACAUUCACAGCAGCAGCCUCCGACGAAACCCUCCGGAAUGGACGUCAAGCUUGUCCGCAACAACGUCGCUCGCUCUCUCAAAGACAUUCUCUGGCAACGCUGCGAGGACUCUCGCGAGUUUGCCCUCGACGAGGCGCAAGUGCAGCGUUUGGCGAAGAAAAUCGAGCGCCAACUGUAUCUCCUCCACGACGGCACGGGCCAGAAGUACAAGGCGAAGUACCGGACGCUCAUGUUCAAUCUGAAAGACCAGAGAAAUAGAGUCUUGUAUAAGAAUGUGCUGUCUGGUACGCUGGCGCCCUCCAGUCUGGUGCGUCUGUCGUCGGACGAACUCGCGUCUCAAGAGCUGGCCAAAUGGCGUAAGGAAGAGAACAAGAAGGCGAUUGAAUUGAUCAAGGCUGUUGAGAUUCAGGAGGCGGCGAGAAAGACAAACGUGACAAAACUGACACACAAAGGCGAGAUCGAGAUACCGGAAAUAAAGGAGGGCUCCGAUGCGACGAGUCUAUUGGACAUGCUGGCGGUCGACACAACCGACCAGCAUCACAACCACGUGUUCAGUGUCAACUGCAAGAUAUGCUCGGGCAAGCAGGACCAACAACAGCAGCAGCAGCAGCAACAGGAUGCCGCAAAGGAAGAGGCGGUGGACGACGUCGAAGAAAGGCGGAACGAUAAUCAAACGGAUAAGAAACGCGCCAAGCCGACCAGGAAGGCGAAAACGAGCAAAGCAGCGAAGUUCUCAGCUGUCGACUCGAAUAUCGAAAAAAUUAGCGAGAAAACAGGGAAAAGUGAUGAAAGUUUGACGGAUGAGGGAAUUGGUUUGAAGGAGGACGGUGUGCCGCAGGAGUCGCAUUUUGAACUUCUCGGCGUCGACAUGCAGGAAGACGUACUCCCUCUUGUUCCGUCUCCGGGUUGGAAGGGCUCCGUGAGCUUUCCUUCGGUCGCCAAGUUCCUUGCGACCGCCUAUCCGGUAUCCGGGCCACUGGAGAGCGACCAACUUGCUCACGUAUUGCCCAAUACGUGUCACGUACAAGGACGCAUCGCUCACGAUCAGGUGCAGGACUACAUCGAGCAACUCAAAGUUUCGGUCACCAAGGACGUUUGUGUCAUUCGACUCGAGGCCGCGUCGAACGAGGAACGAUCCGGCUACGUCGACCUCUACAACUACAUGCUGGGGAAGAAACGCUACGUCGUCGUCGGCACGUUCAACAUGCAUCACGUCAAAGACAUGUACCUCAUGCCACUCCCGGAGAACGAAUCGCUGCCGUCCUACCUCCUUCCUCUCAAAGGCCGCGGCUUACCGGAAAAACAGAGCAAUAUGAUCGUUGCACUGGUCGUCAAACACCGCGGGAAAUCAAAGCGGCAACCAGGGGGGCGACCCUCUGUCUCUGGUGAGCCUCCGAUCAAGAAGACUGAUGAACGUCCGCACGGUGUCAAGAGACACUCCCGCAGCGACGCGCCGAUAAAUCUCGCCAAAAAGGGACUCUUUCAUUACAAGGCGUCGUCGACUGCUCCGUCCAAGUCGCUCCAACGGUCGUCGCCGGAGAAGUUUUCGCCGCUUCAGUCGCGACGAGACGACGACGCCAAGCCGUCGGUGGCCGUCUCCAGUAUUUUGUCACUGGCGAAGGCUCAGGCGGAGAAACCGGAUGGAAGUCCUCGCUUGGUGUCGAGUAGCUCGUCGGGCAUUCCGUUAUUGGGGGAACAAAUACCGUUGCUGGGAGAGCCGGCGGCUAAGCCGUUGGGGGCAACGGAAGGGCCCCCGUUGGGGGCAACGGAAGGGCCCCCGCCGGGGGCAACGGAAGGGCCCCCGUCGGGGUCGACGGUGGCUUCGACGGUGUCGUUUGGCUCGCAAACUGUGGGUGUGACCGACGACGUGUCGUCGUCUCUGCUGCGAGCGGUCAAGUCGAUGUCGUCUGACACACUACAGAAUAUUGCUCACGUCGUCGGUUUGAUCAAGCAGACGUCGCAGGACACGCAAGCGCAGUCGUCUCCGUCACUCCAGCCUUCCUACAGAUCGCUGAAACCACCCCACACCUUCACAACCGUCCAAUCUCCGCUUCAGCAGCCCGUCGGCGUCCCUUUGUCGGUGUCGGCGCCGCCACAGUCGACUAGCGACGCUCCUAGUCGUGCGAGUCGUUGGGACGUAAAAGGUCAAGUGAAAGAUGGCGAGAAAGAGGAGCCGUCCACGAGUAACCGCCAAGGCCAGAAGUCGCGCAUGCCCAAGGAGCUGCAAGAGUACAUCGCAGCGACGAGACGAGAGCUACAAGAGAGUGCGGAGAAGUUGGAAAAGAACAUGGAGAUGAAGGGGAUUCCGUUGGGCUACCAGUCGGCCGUGAAGGCGCUGGAAGAGAGGCAAAAGCAGGAAGCGAAACAGAACCGGGAAGAGAUGACGGUAGACGAGAAAGGGCGUGUCGUCGACAGCGGUCAGAUGGAAGCACGGCGCAUGCUCCAGAUGAAGCCGAGAGGAGAGGAAAGGAUGGACGCAGCGGGAAGCGGAGGAAGACAACAAGAGGACGAGAGUUAUGAGAGACGAGAACGCGAGCGAAUGCGUAUGCAACACUUCGAGAGCCAACGAAACAACCAGACACAGCGGGAGAUGGACAGUGCGGUCUCCAUGCGUCCGGCGGACGACAACCCGGUUCGGACCGACCCUCCAAUGCAUCACUUUCGGCAAGGGGAACCUCAGGGGGACCCUCGAGGGGAUCCUCGCAACUCGCACUUUGCGUCGGACGCGUGGCCGGCGCAGGCGCGGUACGACGACCCGUGGGCAUACCGCAACGACUACCGGCCGGCUGUACACAGGGCGCACCCCGAGGCGCGAUGGGACGACGCUAUGAGGUACCCGGAUGAGCGCCGAUAUUAUGACGACCACGAUCACCGUAGAAUGCCAGAAUACGAGCGGAUGAGACCGCAUUAUUACGACCCUCGGGAGCAGCAACCUUAUGGAGCGCCGCCGAGACAUGCACGGUAUGAUGACUAUGAUGAUAGAUAUGACGGUAGAGCGCGCUAUCCAUAGCUGCAUGUGGACACGUUUUUACUUGUUGAGUUCACGUUCAUGUUUGAAGUAAAUAGCCUGAUGUGACAUUCUUCUGUUCCUGCGUUGAAAUGGAAUAGGAAUUUUCGCUGACAACUUAAUUAAAGGGUUUCUGA